AUGGGCACGAUUUCACAAGAUCAUGCCAAGUUGGACUCAGACACAAUUGCAUAUGCCAUUAUGCCGUUGGUCGAAGCAGAUCCCUCGAUAAAGGUGAAGUCUGUUAUUACAGAAGUUCAAGGCAGGUUCAACUAUACUGUGAGUUACCGCAAGGCUUUGUUGGCAAAGCAGAAAGCUGUUGCAAAAAUUUUCGGUGAUUGGGAAGUUUCUUACCAGACUUUGCCAGUAUGGUUGAAAGCAAUGACAGUGAAGAUGCCAAGGUCUCCUGUUCAAAUUAAUACGCUCCCUGUUUACCGUGAGAGUGAGGAGGUUCAAGGUGUAAGAGUUCUGCACCGCAUUUUUUGGAGCUUCUAUCUGUGUAUUGUAGCAUUCAGACACUUUAAGCCACUGGUGCAGGUUGAUGGCACGCAAUUGUACAGAAAAUAUAAAGGAACACUUCUAGUAGCGGUUGCACAAGAUAGGAAUCAAAACAUUGUGCCUAUUACAUUUGCGAUUGUCGAGGGCGAAACAGCAUAUGCGUGGGAGUUUUUCUUAACCAAUUUGAGGAGAUAUGUUGUUACCAUUGAUGGUGUGGGUAUUAUUUAUGACUGCCAUACCUCCAUCGACGCUGCAAUAGCUCGCAGUAACGGUGCAUGGUCACCACCAAGGGCGUGGCACAUGUACUGCAUCAGGCACAUCGGGUCCAACUUCUUAAGGAGGUUCAAGACUCCAUAUUUGCAUAAACUCGUGGUGAACACAGGCUAUUCUAGGACAGAGCAGGAGUACAACAAAAACUACCAAAUGCUUAAAGAGCGGGGUGAGGCAUAUACUCAAUGGUGCGAUGAGAUUAGUGUUGAGAGAUGGGUGAUGGCAUUCGAUGGUGGUCAUCGUUGGGGACAUAUGACGACAAACUUGGUAGAGUGCAUAAAUUCUGUCCUGAAGGGUGCACGCAACCUUCCUGUGAUUGCCCUUGUUCGGUCAACUUUUUAUCGGCUGAAUGAGUUGUUCACUCGGAAGAGCACCGAGGCUCAUGAGCGUCGCCGCAAUGUGUUAUAG